AUGUUCGAGUUACGCGACGAACUCCAAGCAAUCUUGGAUUUAGACACGUACAACAUCGAAAAUGAGCAUGAUCUUUCAACUGAAGACCCUGGACAACUUCUGGAAGCUGCGGUCGAAGCUGUGGCAGAUGCGAGCGAGGCAAUCGCACAACCUGAAGUGUUCGACACGUAUCGCAGCUUGCUCAGACACUCCGACCUUGUUCCCGGUCUUGUCAUGAGCAAACUCUUAGAUUCGCUUGUCUCUGGACUACAAGCAGAGCUUGAUGCCACCCUUCGAGACGACCAGGAACCAACCAACGUAUACAUGGCCCACAAAACACCUUUUGAAAUGUACGCCUUCCUGCUAUCGUGGUUCGUCUCCGCCGCGGAGAAGGUCAAGCAACCAGAUCCCGACUUGCCAGGCACUCCCGCUCCCAAAGCUCGUAAACCUCGGGGAGGAAAGCCUACAACGAAGUCACGCACCACCACAAAGAAAGCGACAGAGUGGACCUGGGUCGAUCAGACUCCGGUUAUGCUCAACCUUAUCAGUAAAGUCCUCCUGCGUUUGCCCUCACAACGACUAUGGACCACAACAGCAGAAAAGGAUGCAUUCAUCUCUUGCAUAACGCGUCCUGCGUACCACGUGAUGGACAACGAGCAAUGCAUGAAGUCCCAGGAAAUCAAACUCUGCGCAUUCAAAGUCAUUUGUCUUGCCGUCAAACAUCAUAGCCAUGCACUUGCUGCUCAAAUUUCCCUCAUCCAAGGCCUCCAAUUUCACGAGCACUCCUCAGAGCCUAUCGCCGAGUGCCUGGUCGUUCUUGCGAAGGAAUACGACCAUUCGCAGCUAGGCGACGAAAUUCUGCGCGAAAUCUCUGGCAUGAAUUUCAGCGGACAAGAUAACAAAGGCCCGCGUACCUUUUCGAAAUUCCUUAUCAAGUUUUCGGAACUUGCUCCGCGGUUAAUGCUCAAGCAAAUGGCCCUUUUACUUGGACAACUCGACUCGGAGGCUUAUCCCAUGCGGAUUGCUGUCGUCGAGGUGCUUGGUGCUCUGAUUUAUGAUUUGGCUGCGACGGAGCCCGACGAUGAGUCGGAGGGCUCGCAGAAAAAACAAAUCAAUGGUUUGUAUGACCUACUACUGGAGCGAGCACUCGAUGUCAACUCCUAUGUCCGUGCUAAAGUGCUUACUGUCUUAACUCAUCUCUGUGAUAUAAAGCAAGGGAAAUAUCCCAAACAACGGCUUGCGAUGACUCGGGUUGCUGUAGCAGCACUAGAAGACAAAGGGGCUAGCGUCAGAAAGGCUGCAGUGACCUUACUCAUCAAACUGCUGACGACUCAUCCGUAUGGGACUGCUUUUGGGGGUCAUUUGAACAUCGAUGAAUGGCAGAAAGGCUACAAGGAGUUGAAGGAGGACGUCGCUGCUCGAGAAGCACAGAUGGACGAUCGCCAGGCCGUGCAGCAACAGUCUGAGGGAGAUACCGAUGUGGAGGGAGAAGACGACGAUGAGAUGAUGGUUGACGAGGGCCAAAAGAAACCGGCCAAACUCAAGCCACGCAAAUCUCAGGUCGCCGCCGAAAUGACGGAUCAGCAGGUCGCGAUGGACCAUCACGAUACAGCCAUAUUGCUGGAACGACGGCUCCGCAAACAAUACUUCGCCGAAGCCCUCAACUUCAUUCGCCAAAUCGAUGGGACAUUCGAGACGAUGGAUAAACUUUUGGGUAGCAAAAACAAGCCAGAAGUACUGGAAGCCAUGGAGUUUUUCAGAAUUGCCCACGAGUACAAGUUCCACUGGGCUGAGGCGGGGAUCAAGAAAAUGAUGCAUCUCAUUUGGAACAAAGACAACACAAGCUCGACUUCCGAAGACGGACAGGAUCUCAAGGGCAUUCGCCAAAGACUCCUCGAAGCCUAUCGAUUCUUGUAUUUCGAUCCAGUGCCUGAUUUGGAUCCAAAAGCUCAAGUACAACGCAUCACAAAAAAUAUGAUAGAGCUCACAGAAAACGCAACUCUGGCAGAGCUGACAAGUCUAGAAGAAAUGAUGCGUAUAAUGAUGGAAGACGACCAGAUUCAUGCAGAUGUCAUCGCAAAACUAUGGCAAGUUUAUAGUGCUCGGCAAAACAUUCCGCCUGAACAACGUCAAGGCGCCAUUAUGAUUCUCGGAAUGCUCGCACUGGCCCGACGAAGCGUUGUCGCGGAUCACGUGAAUGUCAUGCUGCAAGUUGGCCUGGGGCGUUUGGGCAGAGAAGAUCUCAAACUGGCGAGAUACACAUGCGUUGCAUUGCAACGAUUGAACGGCAGCGCGAAAAAGGUCAAAGGCUCGUUGCUGGACAAGACGAUCCGACUGGAAAUGAACAACCCCAUUUUUCGCCAUCUCCAAGAGGCCUUUGAACAUCCCACUCGCUCGAAAGAGUGGUUCGGAUUAGCAGAGCAGACGAUCAAUACGAUAUAUGCGCUUGGAGAUCACCCGGAUGUUCUGUGUAAUGAGCUGAUCAAGAGGCUGACUCGCAGAGCGUUUGCGACGAAGCAAGACACCCCAUCUCAAGAGAGGGACGUGGAGGCUAUGGAACAGGACCCCGCCGAUGUGUCUCCCGAAUCAGCAGUAAACGGGGGUGGCGAUCUGGGCGACGUCUUUGCCCUCAGUCAACUAUUAUUUGUCGUUGGCCACGUUGCUCUCAAGCAUAUCGUCUAUCUAGAGCUUGUCGAACGUGAAUGGAAACGCCAGAAGGACGAGAAAGAUGGGGCGGACAAACAAGCUCAGUCUAAAGCCAAAGAAAGGGAAGAGCUAGAUCAGGUUGCCGGGAACGCUGAAGACGAAAUCGGCGACCGGAUUGCGGCCGUUCGGGAGGACGAACUUCUCCAUGGUCCAGAUUCACUGCUCGCGCUCUAUGGACCCAUUCUCCAGCACAUCUGUGGAAGUCCACACAAGUACAAGAACCGAACACUGAAGGCCGCUGCGACACUUUCGUUCAGCAAAUUUAUGUGUGUCUCGUCACGAUUUUGCAGCGACAAUCACCUGGUUUUGUUCAAAAUUCUGGAGACAUCCAAGAACCCCAGCAUCCGCAGCAACAUUGUCAUCGCUCUCGGGGACGUCGCCGUUUCGUUCAGCAGCAUAAUCGACGAAAACAGUAACGAGCUCUACAAGGGUCUGUCGGACAGACACCUGGUCGUCAAGAAGAACACGCUCAUGGUCCUCACGCACCUGAUAUUGAACGGUAUGAUCAAGGUCAAGGGCCAGCUGGGAGAGAUGGCCAAGUGCAUCGAGGAUCCAGAACCGCGCAUUUCCGACCUUGCCAAACUGUUCUUCAAGGAGCUGUCCACCAAGGACAACGCGAUUUACAACAAUCUUCCGGACGUUAUUAGCCAUCUUGGGGUUGGUGAACAUGCUGUCGACGAAGAGAUGUUCAAACGCACCCUGACGUACAUCUUCUCCUUCAUCGAAAAGGAGAAACAGGCGGAGAGCAUCGUCGAAAAGCUUUGCCAACGAUUCCAGCUCUCCGAAGAUCCACGGCAAUGGCGCGAUAUCGCCUUUUGCUUGUCCCUACUGCCCUUCAAAUCUGAGCGGUCGGUCAAGAAGCUCAUCGAAGGCCUGCCUUUCUAUCGCGACAAGCUGCACGAGGAGACUGUGUAUGACCGUUUCACUGAAAUUUUGAACAAAGCUCGACAGAACAAAUCAGCCACCAAGCCUGAUACUGAGUUGGCCGAGUUUGAGCAGAUUCUUGAAGAGCACCGCACACAAGGCGAACAAGACCGAGACCUCGAGAAAAGGGUCCAGCAGAAGAAACGAAAAACCCGGCGAAAAGCGGCAUAA